GUGUUAUUAGGUGGAGAAGGGGUAUGUUACCUCCAAAAAAAGCCACCAGUGUCUUCCACACGUGUGAGGGGAGAGUGGGAGAAAUCUGGGCGUUAGUUCAUUAAUCAACAAACAUGGGAAAAGGGUAUGGACAUGAAAGCAGCUCUGAGGCUGCUCCAACGAGAGGAAAGAGAAAGAUGAAAGAGAAAAAUUUAGAUGAGCUGAAGAAAGAGGUGGCACUGGAUGAUCAUAAGCUGUCUCUAGAUGAGCUCAGUACUCGUUAUGGAGUUGACCUUGCCAGAGGUCUGACCCAUAAGAGAGCGCUAGAAAUUCUGGCCCGCGACGGUCCAAAUGCGCUGACCCCACCGCCCACCACACCAGAGUGGGUGAAGUUCUGUAAGCAGCUGUUUGGAGGAUUCUCCGUCCUGCUCUGGAUCGGUGCCAUCCUCUGCUUUUUUGCCUAUGGUAUUCAAGCGGCCACAGAGGAUGAGCCUGUCAAUGACAAUCUGUAUCUGGGUGUGGUUCUGUCUGCUGUGGUCAUCAUAACCGGCUGCUUCUCAUAUUAUCAAGAAGCCAAAAGCUCCCGGAUCAUGGACUCAUUCAAAAACAUGGUGCCUCAGGUCAGUUUGAUAACAGCAGUGGAUUGCUUUGGAUAAAAGUGUUUUGCUAAAUGAAUAAAUGUAAAUG